AACCCUGUGUUCUGUGUCAUGUUGUGUUAUAUCUAGAACCUUGUGUGUUCUGUGUCAUGUUGUGGUAUCUCUAGAACCCUGUGUUCUGUGUCAUGUUCUAUCUAGAACCCUGUGUUAUGUGUCAUGUUGUGUUCUAUCUAGAACCCUGUGUGUUCUGUGUCAUGUUGUGUUCUCUCUAGAACCCUGUGUGUUCUGUGUCAUGUUGUGUUCUAUCUAGAACCCUGUGUGUUCUGUGUCAUGUUGUGUUCUAUCUAGAACCCUGUGUGCUAUGUGUCAUGUUGUGUUAUAUCUAGAACCCUGUGUGUUCUGUGUCAUGUUGUGUUCUAUCUAGAGCCCUGUGUGUUCUGUGUCAUGUUGUGUUCUAUCUAGAGCCCUGUGUGUUCUGUGUCAUGUUGUGUUAUAUCUAGAACCCUGUGUUCUGUGUCAUGUUGUGUUAUAUCUAGAACCCUGUGUUCUGUGUCAUGUUGUGUUAUAUCUAGAACCCUGUGUGUUCUGUGUCAUGUUGUGUUAUAUCUAGAACCCUGUGUUCUGUGUCAUGUUGUGGUAUCUCUAGAACCCUGUGUUCUGUGUCAUGUUGUGGUAUCUCUAGAACCCUGUGUUCUGUGUCAUGUUGUGGUAUCUCUAGAACCCUGUGUUCUGUGUCAUGUUGUGGUAUCUCUAGAACCCUGUGUUCUGUGUCAUGUUGUGGUAUCUCUAGAACCCUGUGUUCUGUGUCAUGUUGUGGUAUCUCUAGAACCCUGUGUUCUGUGUCAUGUUGUGGUAUCUCUAGAACCCUGUGUUCUGUGUCAUGUUGUGGUAUCUCUAGAACCCUGUGUUCUGUGUCAUGUUGUGGUAUCUCUAGAACCCUGUGUUCUGUGUCAUGUUGUGUUAUAUCUAGAACCCUGUGUUCUGUGUCAUGUUGUGUUAUAUCUAGAACCCUGUGUUAUGUGUCAUGUUGUGUUAUAUCUAGAACCUUGUGUGUUCUGUGUCAUGUUGUGUUAUAUCUAGAACCCUGUGUUCUGUGUCAUGUUGUGUUCUAUCUAGAACCCUGUGUGUUCUGUGUCAUGGUGUGUGUUGAAUAUUGUAUAAUGUUCAAAUAAAACAUUUUUUUUAUUAGUCAUUAGUGUUUAAUAUUGUUUAAUGUUAAAAUAAUAUAAAAUACAAUUGUAUUAGUCACAUGCACAACAGCAUUUCACCUUACAGUGAAAUGAUUACUUACGAGCCCCUAAGCAACAAUGCAGUUUCAAAAAAUAUAUAGAUAUGGACUAUAUACAGGGGGGUACCAAUACAGAGUCAAUGUGGAGACUAUAUACAGGGGGGUACCAAUACAGAGUCAAUGUGGAGACUAUAUACAGGGGGUACCAAUACAGAGUCAAUGUGGAGACUAUAUAUAGGGGGUACCAAUACAGAGUCAAUGUGGAGACUAUAUACAGGGGGGUACCAAUACAGAGUCAAUGUGGAGACUAUAUACAGGGGGUACCAAUACAGAGUCAAUGUGGAGACUAUAUAUAGGGGGUACCAAUACAGAGUCAAUGUGGAGACUAUAUACAGGGGGUACCAAUACAGAGUCAAUGUGGAGACUAUAUACAGGGGGGUACCAAUACAGAGUCAAUGUGGAGACUAUAUACAGGGGGUACCAAUACAGAGUCAAUGUGGAGACUAUAUACAGGGGGGUACCAAUACAGAGUCAAUGUGGAGGCUAUAUACAGGGGGGUACCAAUACAGAGUCAAUGUGGAGACUAUAUACAGGGGGGUACCAAUACAGAGUCAAUGUGGAGACUAUAUACAAGGGGUACCAAUACAGAGUCAAUGUGGAGACUUUAUACAGGGGGUACCAAUACAGAGUCAACGUGGAGACUAUAUACAGGGGGGUACCAAUACAGAGUCAAUGUGGAGACUAUAUACAGGGGGUACCAAUACAGAGUCAAUGUGGAGACUAUAUACAGGGGGGUACCAAUACAGAGUCAAUGUGGAGACUAUAUUCAGGGGGUACCAAUACAGAGUCAAUGUGGAGACUAUAUACAGGGGGGUACCAAUACAGAGUCAAUGUGGAGACUAUAUACAGGGGGGUACCAAUACAGAGUCAAUGUGGAGACUAUAUACAGGGGGGUACCAAUACAGAGUCAAUGUGCGGGGGCACCGGUUAGUUGAGGUAAUAUGUACAUGUAGGUAGAGUUAUUAAAGUGACUAGGCAUAGAUGACAACAGAGAGCAGCAGUGGUGUAAAAGGGGAGGGGGGAGCAAUGCAAAUAGUCUGGGUAGCCAUUUGACUAGAUGUUUUGUAGUCUCACGGCUUAAGGGUAGAAGCUGUUUAGAAGCCUCUUGGACCUAGACUUGGCGCUCCGGUACCGCUUGCCGUGCGGUAGCAGAGAGAACAGUCUAUGACUAGGGUGGCUGGAGUCUUUGACAAUUUUUAGGGCCUUCCUGACACCGCCUGGUAUAGAGUUCCUGGAUGGCAGGAAGCUUGGCCUCAGUCAUGUACUGGGCCGUUCGCACUACCCUCUGUAGUGCCUUGCGGUCGGAGGCCAAGUAGUUGCCAUACUAGGCAGUAAUGCAACCAGGCAGGAUGACCUCGAUGGUGCAGCUGUAGAACUUUUUGAGGCUCUGAGGACCCAUGCCAAAUCUUUCCAGUCUCCUGAGGGGGAAUAGGUUUUAUUGUGCCCUCUUCACGACUGUCUUGGUGUGAUUGGACCAUGUUAGUUUGUUGGUGAUGUGGACACCAAGGAACUUGAAGCUCUCAACCUGUUCCACUGCAGCCCCGUCGAUGAGAAUGGGGGUGUGCUCGGUCCUCUUUUUCCUGUAGUCCACAAUCAUCUCCUUUGUCUUGAUCAUGUUGAGGGAGAGGCUGUUGUCCUGGAACCACACGGCCAGAGCCCUGCUCACAUCCCAGGAGGCAUCAGAGGAUGACCCCAAACUAGGCAUGCUCACACUGGAGAAGCUAUGUGAAGGAAAGAGGCAUGUCCUGUUCAUCGGCAUUUCCUGUGGCCUGUCUGCUCCAUUUGUAGCAGGACAGCUGGACUUUUGUCUGAAACACCCUGACAUCUACACUCCUGUACUGGUGGGAUUCAACCCCGUCACACAGGCCAGGGAGGAGACCAUGCCAGGCUACAGUCUGACCUUCAGGGAAGUGGUCCAGAGGAUGGAGGAGCAGAGAGGUCAAAGGGCAUUCAUCAUCAACCCAGCAGUUGGGCCCGAGGCCAUCAGUGGUUCCUCCAGAAUGAAGGGGGGCAGUGCCACCAAGAUCCUACUGGAGUCUGUCCUGGCAGCCGCACACACAGCUGCCUUUACCAACACACACGUCACACGCAGAGUUCUCCUGGACAUGAUGAGAGGAUAUGAGAGAGUCUACAGUGUCACCUACAGUCACAGUGAUCAGAUAGCAACACUGCUACAGACCGCAGGACUCAGCUUGCAGUGUGGUGGGCGUGUUUGUUACCUGUCCUGGGGGUUUCUAGGUUUAGUGGGACUCAUCGAUGCCAGCGAGUGUAUCCCGACAUUCGGAGCAGACUAUGAGGACAUCCGAGGCUUCACCAGUGGAGGAUACCAGGACAUGGACAACAUAGAGGGAGACCUCACAUCACUGGGAUCCCAGUUCUGUGUAGCCCAUGAGGACUUUGUGAGUCUGGUUCUGCCUACUUUAAGUGACAGAGACACCGUCCUACUGCUGUACACAUGUCAUGAUGACGUUGGUGAUGUAGAGAAGAUGGCCCACAGAGUGAGAGAGAAGACCUCCAACCUCCACUCUCUCUAUCACGGACUAGAGGGAGACUCCGCUGCUGACAGCAUUGCUCUCCUGUGUUCAUCUGUCCUCAACAUAACCUGGCCCUCCUCCUCUACUGUUCACAUGGUACAACACAUGACUUCACAGUGGGAGCUGUCCAGUAAGUUGGUGCUGAAUGCUGUGAGUACAGGAAGUCACGUUUUAAAGGGAAAGAUCUACAGGAACCACAUGGUAGACCUACAGGUCACCAACAGCAAACUGUACCACAGGGCUAUACACAUACUGCAGAAGUUGUCAGGUGUCUCCCUGACCCAGUGUGAGGAGGCACUAUUGAAGGCCAUCUAUAAUGUCGAACAACUACCAGAGGACAUCACCUCAGCUGGGGUCACCACACACACACUCACCGCCAGCCGCAGGAAAAGGGUGGUCCCGCUGGCGUUGGUCUGUCUGCUGAUUGGUUGCUCUCUCUCUGAGGCAGAGUCUCGUCUGGAGUCCCACCCAGUGGUGCGUGACGCUGUAGAGGCUUGUCUGACAUCAUCACAACAUCUGACAUCCUCACCAGGAGACCAGACCUCCACAAACCAAUGACUUCCUAUAGUUGCAAACCUUUGAUACUGUAGUAUUAUACUAUACUUUCAUUAACUAUAAUUUAAUAAUAUGUUUUGAUAAGAUCAGUUUGUAAACUCUAUAGAAAUCUGGUGGAUGUAACCUUAAUAAUUUAUUUUCCAUUUACUAACAUAACAAACACUACAUAGUAUGAUGAACCUUCGGAAAGUAUUCAGACCCACUGACAUUUUUCACAUUUUGUUACGUUACAGACUUAUUCUAAAAUGGAUUUAAAAAAAGUAAAAUCAGCAAUCUGACCCCAUAAUGAUGGUGAAAACAGGUUGACCCCAUAAUGAUGGUGAAAACAGGUUGACCCCAUAAUGAUGGUGGAAACAGGUUUGUAGAAUGUUUGCAAAUGUAUUAAAAAUAAAAACCAGAAAUACCUUAUUUACAUAAGUAUUCAGACCCUUUGAUAUGAGACUCGGAAUUGAGCUCAGGUGCAUCCUGUUUACAUUUAUCAUCCUUGAGAUGUUUAUACAACUUGAUUGGAGUCCAACUGUGGUAAGUUCAAUUGAUUGGACAUGAUUUGUAAAGGCACACACCUGUCUAUAUAAGGUCCCACAGUUGACAGUGCAUGUCAGAGCAAAAACCAAGCAAUGAGGUCAAAGGAAUUGUCCGUAGAGCUCUGAAACAGGAUUGUGUCGAGGCACAGAUCUGGGGAAGGGUACCAAAACAUUUCUGCAGCAUUGAAGGUCCCCAAGAAUACGGUGGCCUCCCUCAUUCUUAAAUGGAAGAGGUUUGGAACCACCAUGACUUCCCGAGAGCUGGCCGCCCGGGCAAAGUGAGCAAUCAGGGAGAAGGGCCUUGGUCAGAACCCGAUGAUCACUCUGACAGAGCUCCAGAGUUCCUCUGUGGAGAUGGGAGAACCUUCCAGAAGGACAACCAUCUCUGCAGCACUCCACCAAUCAAGCCUUUAUGGUAGAGUGGCCAGACGGAUGUCACUCCUCAGUAAAAGGCACAUGACAGCCCACUUGGAGUUUGCCAAAAGGCCCAUUAAGGACUUCUCAAGAUUGUCUGGUCUGAUGAAACCAAGAUUAAACUUUUGCCUGAAUGCCAAGCAUCCCAUCUGGAGGAAACCUGGCACCAUCCCUACGGUGAAGCAUGGUGGUGGCAGCAUCAUGCUGUGGGGAUGUUUUUGAGCUGCUGGGACUGGGAGACUAGAGGCAAAAAUGAACAGAGCAAAGUACAGAGAGAUUCUUGAUGAAAACAAGCUCCAGAGUGCUCAGGACCUCAGACUGGGGCGAAGGUUCACCUUCCAACAGGACAACGACCCUAAACACACAGCCAAGACAAAGCAGGGUUGGCUUUGGGACAAGUCUCUGAAUAUCCUUGUGUGGCCCAGCCAGAGCCCGGACUUGAACCCGAUCGAACAUCUCUGGAGAGACCUGAAAAUAGCUGUGCAGCAACACUCCCCAUCCUAUCUGGCAGCGCUUGAGAGGACCUUCAGAGAAGAAUGAGAGAAACUCCCCAAAUACAGGGGUGCCAAGCUUGUAGCGUCAUACACAGGACUUGAGUCUGUAAUCGCUGCCAAAGGUGCUUCAACAAAGUACUGAGUAAAGGGUCUGUAUACUUAUGUAAAUGUGAUACUUCCAUUUUUUAUUUGUAAUAAAUUAGCAACAGUUUCUAUUUUCUUUUUGUUAUUAUGGGAUGUUGUGUUUAGAUUGAUGAGGGGGGAAAAACUAUUUAAUACAUUUUAGAAUAAGGCUGUAACAGUUCAUCUUUCAAUCACCCACGUGGGUAUAUGUUCCUAAAAACCAAUGAGGAGAUGGGAGAGGCGGGACUCGCAGCGCGUCAAGCGUCACAAAUAGAACCAAGUUCAAUUUUAGCGCCUGGCUACGCAGACGUUCCUGGCCACACGUGAGCAGUGUGGGUGCAAUGAUUGAAUAACAUGUAUGUUUAAAUUUAAUUUGCAACGCACGCGACACGUAAGCCCCCACAUAGGGCUGUAGAACAGCAGACUGUAAACAUGACAAUAAGGUAGCACCAGCGGGCAGUAGAACAGCAGACUGUAACCAUGACAACAAGGCAGAACCAGAGGGCUGUAGAACAGCAGACUGUAACCAUGACAAUAAGGUAGAACCAGAGGGCAGUAGAACAGCAGACUGUAACCAUGACAACAAGGCAGCACCAGCGUGCAGUAGAACAGCAGACUGUAACCAUGACAACAAGGCAGAACCAGAGGGCAGUAGAACGGCAGACUGUAACCAUGACAAUAAGGUAGCACCAGAGGGCAGUAGAACAGCAGACUGUAACCAUGACAACAAGUCAGCACCAGAGGGCAGUAGAACAGCAGACUGUUACCAUGACAACAAGGCAGAACCAUAGGGCAGUAGAACAGCAGACUGUAACCAUGACAACAAGGCAGAACCAGAGGGCAGUAGAACAGCAGACUGUAACCAUGACAAUAAGGCAGAACCAGAGGGCAGUAGAACAGCAGACUGUAACCAUGACAAUAAGGUAGCACCAGAGGGCAGUAGAACAGCAGACUGUAACCAUGACAACAAGGUAGCACCAGAGGGCAGUAGAACAGCAGACUGUAACCAUGACAAUAAGGCAGAACCAGAGGGCAGUAGAACAGCAGACUGUAACCAUGACAAUAAGGUAGCACCAGAGGGCAGUAGAACAGCAGACUGUAACCAUGACAACAAGGUAGCACCAGAGGGCAGUAGAACAGCAGACUGUAACCAUGACAACAAGGUGGCACCAGAGGGCAGUAGAACAGCAGACUGUAACCAUGACAACAAGGUGGCACCAGAGGGCAGUAGAACAUAACAUAAGAAAAUCUACUGCAACUGUAGUUGGAAACAAAGCUGUAGGUUGAGUUCCUGCCCGGAUUAGAUGCUUAGGUGUUGCAUUGCAGAUUGUUAUAUCAUAUGAUGCGGUUAGCUGCUAUGUUAAACACCUAUUGAGGCAUUGUGAGAUCUGGCAUUCGUCUGCAAUGUAGUAGGGCAGGAACUCGACCGAAUAGAGUCGUUGGAGCUGGACGCCAUGUUGUUACCUCUGAACAUUCCAUUUACCCAUUCAAGAGCUGUGAUCUUCAGACAUUUCCAUCAAUUUCUAUUGGACAAUCUUGACCAGAAACCUGUGGCCACAUGGUUAGAAUAUCAGCACCUAUAGUCAACAUGUCAAAUAUCAGUGGUCGCCAACAUGUCAAAGCUGUGAUCCACCUCUAGAUAUUUGGAGUUAUUUUUGAACAAAGCCCAUGUUCUGACCUAGUCCUGAGGUCUCAUUGGCUCACUUCCAGUUAUGGAAAAUCUGUUUCAGCCCGUUUUCUAAACAAUUUCUUCAAAGCAAGUUUAACUAAACAGUCAAGGGACAUACAACAUACUUCAGAAUAUUCUAAACUUUCCACAAUGCAUCCAUGUUUCCUGCCAUUAAUCAACAUUUUAAAUGUAAAAUCUCCUGUAGGGAUCCGUCUCCCAGCGAGAAAAUAUUUAUCACAAAAUGUCCAAAUGUAUCCCACAGUAAAUAUAGGAUUAUGCUUAUACUGACAGUGUCUGUGAGGCUACGGCUCAGAUUGGACUGUGUAAAACAUCCUCAAUCCCUCCGUGGCAAAUUAAACACACACACACACACACACACACACACACACACACACACACACACACACACACACACACACACACACACACACACACACACACACACACACACACACACACACACGUAGAGGAUUAGAGUAACAUGGGUGCUGUUCUCUCUCAGAGUGACUGAGCUGCUUUAGAUCCGGUGGCCUGGAGCCAAUGUGGCACUCCUGGUGCACCGUACACACACACUACACACACACACUACACACACAGUACACACACAGUACACACACACACUACACACACAGUACACACACAGUACACACACAGUACACACACACUACACACACACACAGUACACACACACUACACACACACACACUACACACACAGUACACACACACUACACACACAGUACACACACACACUACACACACAGUACACACACAGUACACACACAGUACACACACAGUACACACACACACUGAACAUAAUCUAAAGGGACCUCACUCUCCUCUUCACAAAAUAGUUAGUCUUUAUCUGAACUAGAUCUUAUACAGUUGAAAUGUUCUAGUCAGUGGAAAUCUUACGCAUGGUACCUUUAAGCAGCAACAAAUUUCAACUAAAUAGUAUUUUUAAUUUCAAAUAUUUUAUUCAUUAUUAUACAUUAAAAUACAUUAGAAUCUUCAUUUGAAACUUUACAUGGUGUUCCCAAGGUUAUGUCACAGAAGAAGAUUGACAGCCGAACGGACCAAUAGCAGCAUAGACAUGUCCCACAGCACCACCAACCAACCAAUAGGACUUUAUGAUUGACGCCCAAAACAAACAAAAACAUAGACUCCUUAGACUCUGAGCCUGAGAGAAUCAUAGUGCACAUCUCUGUUUCAACCCUGUGUAAAGAUAUGUUACAGCAUAGAUAUAUAGAUAUGAGGACUUUGCUCUAAACUACAAGUGUCAAAGUCCAUCCUGUUUGAUCAUAUCCAUAAAUAUAUUCAAUACAUCCAGAUAACCCUUCAGUCAGGUACGACAACAACAACAACAGCAAUACCAGCUGUACCGCUAAUAAUGAGAUUAAAGAUAGAGAUAGAUGUCUCUCUUCUCUCUCCCUCAUCUCUCUCGUCACCAUGGUUGCAGUAAAAGCCAAUUUAUGCUUGAUCCGAAAUAUGCAGAGCCUCUGGAGACACACAGCGACCAAACUGAGCACUGUACCGCAUUGCUGUGCGCCUCCCAAAUUCUGUACCAAUGCGGAGGGUUCCGUAUAGCUCCUCAUUGACAUGAUUGGUUGACGGUAGGUGGGGGCGUGAGAUCCUGUAUAAGCACAAUCUCACUUCCUUGACAACAGCUCUGCGCUGCUCCGCGAAGGGCAAGAAGAAUGAAUGCCCUGACUUCUGCAGAGACCGUAUCACCGUAAAUGGUGCUCCGGCCAAUGCAGACGACUGAAUGACCACGCAGCGCCUUUAAGACUUUAGUUUAAGUCUUGAGUAGAUAAACUGAUUACCGUCCCACAUGGUUAAAUACCUGGGAAGCUCCUGCGUCAUAUCGCCUGACAAAACAACUGAACGCUACAACACAGACGCAGAUCAGGGUUGCGUUACCUUGACAACUCAACAACAACAACCUUCACGGCCCAACCAUGGACAGAAAACAGACACUUAAAAUGGUUCGGUACUAGUGAUGAGCGAUUAACUGAAAUGUUGUACAUUUUUUCAAUUAUUAAACAACUAAUUGACUGAAGUCAGUUCAAUUACUUGAAUUCCA